AUCAUCUCCUUUGUCGUUCUCCGACCCUGGCUCCAUCUCCACAACGAAACUCUCUCUCCAUCCUUGGCCGCUCUUUGUCCAUCCUCUGUUUCAUAAGAUUCCUUCGCACUACACGCCCCGCUCCUAAUUUUUCCUCCCUCCCGUUUUUUCUGUUGCUCCGGGCGUUACUCACUCUCGCGCCUGUUGCUCCUAACACAUACUUGCUUGUGCAAUAGACAAGCCAGAGCUUCGUUUCGUUCCUUGAAGGUUGGGGGAGAGUGUCGCGGGCGUAUUUCUGUGUUUCAGGACUUCACCCUAGGUGUGUGCUGAUCGAGGAGAAGGGGAGUUUGUUGGAGCUCGCAGUGAAUGAGUGACGUAGGGUUUGCGCUUGAAGUCAGAGGGGUGUUGGUGGUCUCCUGCGAGCUCUUGGUGACCUUGUGAGCUUUUCUGGUCAUUGCCGUGUUAGCUAUGGUGCCGAGAGAAGUUAUUAAAUUAUCGAAAUGCAAACUAGAUGCUUGAUUACCGCUCGUCCAACAUGUACUAUCCUCUUCGCCAUGAAUCUAAUGCCAACAAAGAGUCUAUGCUAAACGGCUCGGCUACGUCAUUGCUUGAUGGCUCUGCAAACACAGCUAGACCCUUUGGAGCUUCUUCUUUCACGUCACAAUCAGGAACAACGCCUAAUUUUAACCACACAGCAAAUCUGCAAGGAGUGCAUAAUCAGGGUAUUUACAAUAUGCAGACUAUGCCAAAUGGAUUAUCCUCUCGGAACACAGGUUUUGGAGGACCUUCGAGUGGUACUCAUCAGUCUGGUGGUAGCUCGGCUUCUGGCCGAUUCUCAACUAAUAGUUUGGGUGUUGGUCUCUCUCAGCAGUUGUCGCAAGGAGGGCUCUACGGACACUCGUCAAUGACAAAUCGCACAGGAACUAGUUUAGUGGGGAAUCAUUCCUACAGUAGUAACGUGAAUGUUGGAGGAUCUGGUGUAGGGUCUCCUGGGUCUAGCUCCAUUUCAAACCGUGCGUCUCUGUCAGGCAUGGGAGGAUCACCGUCGCAGAUGGGGAGUGUAGGACCCCGCAUAGUAAGCUCCGUCGGGGGAGUGGGUCUUGCUGGAGGGGGUGGUCUUACAAGAGCGUUGAAUGCAGGGGUCGGUGUGAAUAUGCAAAACUUGAAUAGUUCACGUGUGAAUAUGGGGCAACUUAGUGGUAGCAAUGGGAUUGGUGUGCAAGGUCCGGGGCGGCCUGCCAAUUCUCUACUGCAGCAAGGUGUAAACAUAUCUUCAUCUACUUAUAACCCUUCAGGGGAUCUCCUGGCAAUGCUUAGUCGAGCAUCACCUCAAGGUGUCUCAUCCAUGUUGGGGAACAAUUUUUCUACAUCCCCAAGCUCAAACAUGCAGGGGCAGCUUUACUCUGCCAAUGGCCAUGUUGGAGUCAUGAGUCCUAGUAGUGUUGGAAACGGGAAUGAUGGCGUGGCCUUUGAUAUCAAUGACUUUCCUCAGCUUACGACCCGGCAGUCUCCAUCUGGAAACAUGCAAGGAUCUGUAGGUGGACUCAGAAAGCAAGGAAUCAACGCCCUAGUUCAGCAAAACCAGGAGUUCAGCAUACAGAACGAGGACUUUCCAGCUUUACCAGGUUAUAAAGGUGGAAAUCAUGAUCUGGCCUCUGAAUUGCAGCAACAUCACAAGGACCAGCAGCAUGACUUGGCGGCAAUGCAAGUGCAACACUUCUUGAUGGGGAGGUCUACUGGAUUUUCGCAGGGAGGGUUCUAUGCAUCCAACCGGCAUAUGUUGCAGCAGCAGCAGCAGCAGCCAGCUGGAAACGCUUCUGAACCACAACAUCUACAUGCUGGUGUUGGGGGUUCAUUUUCUUCAGCUCGUGGUCACCCUUCGUAUCACUCCGAGAUGGUUGGUGCUCCGGGGUCGGGUGCAACGCAAGUGCAUCGUUCUGGGGUUGGCGGAGCGUUAGGUCAGUAUGAUCAUAGCUUGAACUACCAACACCAGUCUCCGUCGAGAGCAGGAGGGACGUUUACUCAACAACUGCUCCAAGCUGGGAUGGCAGGAGCACUUCGUGAUUCUCUAAAGCAAGGGGGUACUGCUCAGCAGCCUGACCUCUUUGGUUUACUAGGUUUAUUGAGUGUAAUACGGAUGAGUGAUCCAGACCUGACAACGUUAGCUUUGGGUACGGACCUCACGACCCUAGGACUGAAUCUUAACUCAAGGGAGAACUUGUACAAAACAUUUUCUUCUCCGUGGGCUGACGAACCCAUUAGGGGUGAACCUGAUUUUUUGGUUCCUCUAUGUUAUGAUCAGAAAGCUCCACAGUUGCAGCCGAAUCACUUCACCAAGUUCCAAGAUAGCACUCUGUUUUAUAUCUUUUACAGCAUGCCAAGAGACGAAGCUCAAAUUUAUGCGGCCAGUGAGUUGUCAAAUAGGGGAUGGGUCUUUCAAAAGGAACUCAGCAGAUGGUUAAAGCGCGCCCCUAAUUGUGAGCCAAUGGUGAAAACUCAAACAUAUGAGCGUGGCACGUUUUUCUUUCUGGAUCCUACUACAAUGGAGAUAGGAUGCAAGGAAAAUUUUGUGCUGCACUAUGACAUGUUGGAGAAACCUCCGCAAUUGCCAGCUCAACAGUGACGGACGAGAGCUGCGAAGCCUGAUGAUCUACGACAUAUUGAAUCAUAUUUUCCUUUCAGUCUUGUUCAGAUGUUCAUAUUCGUGCCUUUUUCUUUAGUGAAGCUAGUUGGUCUUGCCCAUUUUAACUUCAAGUGAGCUGUCUUCAGUUCAUGUUGUACUGUGAGCUUCCAGUCUCUUCAGCUCAUCAGCACUGGCUGAGUUGUGACGGUUCUUGUGCAACAUUUUUUUGGUAAAUAGUUGUGAAGUGUUGAAGUUUCGCUAGACAAUUAUAUGCUAUCUCAUUCCUCAUCUUAAAUUUCUGGCUUAAUUGUCUUAGUCCGCUUAACCAAUUCAAAAGCCGCUCCAAGGCCAGCCCAUUUGCGCCUUCGGAAGCCAUUUAUCAUAAAUAUGUCUCAUUUCAUUUCAAUUAAGUCGACCGUUUUUAA